CGCACUCCCCGUCCCCGCGGCUGGCGCAGGACCUCGCCCGAGCGGAGCGCCCACCGGGAGCAGGUCGCGGGGCGGCGGCGGCGAGGAGGCGGCGAGGAGUGGGGGGACUUGGAGGCGGCGAGGGCGAGCGCGCCGAGGGGGUCCCGGCCGCCCCGCGGGCCCAGGUCCAGCCCUCCCGCCCGUGGGCGAGCGCGCCCGCUGACCCCGGCCGGAGAGCCGCCGCCACAAAGAGCCCGGGCCGGCGCCUGCCCCCAUGACUUCCUGAGCUUGUUUGGUCCCCGCCGAGUCCGCCCGCCGCUCGGGCCGAGCCCGCGCCCCAGUGCGUCCCCGUGCACCCCGCCCCGCGCCCCGCCGGCAUGGACGUCCACACCCGCUGGAAAGCGCGCGGCGUUCUGCGCCCCCGCGUCCCGCCGCUGACCCCGCCGCUCCUGCUGCUGCUGCUGCUGCUGCUGUGGGCGCCGCCUCCGAGCCGCGCAGCUCAGCCAGCAGAUCUCCUAAAGGUUCUAGAUUUCCACAACUUGCCUGAUGGAAUAACCAAGACGACAGGUUUUUGUGCAACACGGCGAUCGUCCAAAGGCCCGGACGUGGCUUACAGAGUCACCAAGGAUGCCCAGCUCAGUGCCCCCACCAAGCAGCUGUAUCCUGCGUCUGCAUUCCCUGAGGACUUCUCCAUUCUGACCACUGUGAAAGCCAAGAAAGGCAGCCAGGCCUUCCUGGUCUCCGUCUACAAUGAGCAGGGCAUCCAGCAGAUUGGCCUGGAGAUGGGCCGCUCUCCGGUCUUCCUGUACGAGGACCACACAGGGAAACCAGGGCCAGAGGACUAUCCCCUGUUCAGAGGCAUCAACCUGUCAGAUGGCAAGUGGCACAGAAUCGCUCUCAGCAUCCACAAGAAAAAUGUCACCUUGAUCCUGGAUUGUAAGAAGAAGACGACCAAGUUCCUUGACCGCAGCGACCACCCCAUGAUAGACGUCAAUGGCAUCAUCGUGUUCGGCACCCGGAUCCUGGAUGAGGAAGUGUUCGAGGGUGACAUCCAGCAACUGCUCUUCGUCUCAGACCACCGGGCGGCUUAUGACUACUGUGAGCACUACAGCCCUGACUGUGACACCUCGGUCCCCAACACCCCCCAGUCCCAGGACCCCAACCCAGAUGAAUAUUACCCAGAGGGAGAAGGAGAAGGCGAGACCUACUACUAUGAAUAUCCCUACUAUGAGGACACAGAGGACCCGGGCAAGGAGCCCACCCCCACCAAGAAGCCCGUGGAAGCUGCCCGAGAGACCACGGAGAUAGCAGAGGAGCUGACCCCGACCACCACGGCAGCCCCCCGAGAGCCCGACCCCAGUGAGGGGCCCAGGAGGGAGGACGAGGACCCCGGCAUAGGCAUAGAGGACUAUGACUACGUGCCCAGCGAGGAUUACUACACACCGCCCCCCUACGAGGACCUCAGCUACCACGAGGGCGUCGGGAGCCCCGACCAGCUCCCCGACGAGCUCCCCGAGCACAGCGAGGCCGAAGCCCCCACCAGCACCGCCGGCACCUCCAACUCCUCCAGGCCGGCCCCGCCUCCAGGGGAUGACUUGGAGGGGGAGUUCACCGAAGAAACCAUCAGGAACCUGGAUGAGAACUACUACGAUCCCUACUAUGACCCCACCAUCUCCCCAUCAGAGAUCGGGCCGGGCAUGCCUGCCAACCAGGACACCAUCUACGAAGGGAUUGAAGGACCGCGGGGCGAGAAAGGUCAGAAGGGAGAGCCCGCGAUCGUCGAGCCGGGCAUGCUCAUGGAGGGGCCGCCCGGCCCGGAGGGCCCUGCAGGCCUCCCAGGACCUCCAGGAACGAUGGGUCCCACUGGCCAAGUGGGUGACCCUGGAGAAAGGGGCCCCCCUGGACGUCCGGGCCUUCCUGGGGCUGAUGGUCUGCCCGGGCCCCCCGGAACCAUGCUCAUGCUGCCUUUCCGCUUUGGAGGGGGUGGUGAUGCGGGCUCCAAAGGCCCCAUGGUCUCAGCCCAGGAGUCCCAGGCCCAAGCCAUUCUGCAGCAGGCCCGGUUGGCCUUGAGGGGGCCAGCUGGCCCGAUGGGGCUUACUGGGAGACCUGGCCCCAUGGGCCCUCCCGGGAGCGGUGGUUUGAAGGGUGAGCCGGGAGACAUGGGGCCACAGGGUCCCCGAGGUGUGCAGGGACCGCCUGGCCCUUCGGGAAAGCCUGGACGACGGGGGCGAGCUGGGAGUGACGGAGCAAGAGGGAUGCCUGGACAGACUGGCCCCAAGGGCGACCGCGGCUUUGACGGCCUGGCUGGAUUGCCGGGAGAGAAGGGCCACAGGGGUGACCCUGGCCCCUCUGGCCCACCAGGACUUCCAGGAGACGACGGAGAAAGGGGUGACGACGGAGAAGUCGGGCCCAGAGGGCUGCCCGGGGAGCCCGGGCCACGUGGUCUGUUGGGGCCAAAGGGGCCCCCCGGCCCUCCAGGACCUCCUGGUGUGACGGGUAUGGACGGCCAGCCAGGCCCAAAAGGAAAUGUGGGUCCCCAAGGAGAGCCUGGCCCCCCAGGACAGCAGGGUAAUCCAGGUGCCCAGGGUCUUCCCGGUCCCCAAGGAGCAAUCGGCCCUCCAGGAGAAAAGGGCCCCCUGGGCAAACCGGGCCUCCCAGGAAUGCCUGGUGCCGACGGACCCCCGGGGCACCCUGGCAAAGAAGGCCCUCCAGGAGAGAAAGGAGGCCAGGGUCCGCCCGGCCCCCAGGGCCCCAUCGGAUACCCAGGUCCUCGGGGAGUCAAGGGGGCAGAUGGCAUCCGUGGUCUGAAGGGCACUAAGGGCGAGAAGGGUGAAGAUGGCUUUCCUGGAUUUAAAGGAGACAUGGGCAUCAAGGGCGAUCGGGGGGAGAUAGGCCCACCUGGUCCCAGAGGAGAAGACGGCCCCGAGGGCCCCAAGGGUCGUGGAGGUCCAAAUGGCGACCCUGGUCCUCUGGGACCCUCAGGGGAGAAGGGAAAACUCGGAGUCCCAGGAUUGCCCGGUUACCCAGGAAGACAAGGGCCAAAGGGUUCCAUCGGAUUCCCUGGCUUUCCCGGUGCCAACGGAGAGAAGGGCGGCAGGGGUACCCCUGGGAAGCCAGGACCACGGGGGCAGCGAGGCCCGACGGGUCCACGGGGUGAAAGAGGCCCCCGGGGCAUCACUGGCAAGCCUGGUCCCAAGGGCAACUCGGGAGGUGAUGGCCCGGCAGGCCCUCCGGGGGAACGGGGACCCAACGGACCCCAAGGACCCACGGGGUUUCCUGGACCUAAGGGCCCCCCUGGCCCUCCGGGCAAGGACGGGCUCCCAGGACACCCAGGACAGAGGGGAGAGACGGGUUUCCAAGGCAAGACCGGCCCUCCAGGCCCCCCGGGAGUGGUCGGCCCGCAGGGUCCCACCGGAGAAACUGGUCCAAUGGGCGAGCGUGGCCACCCCGGGCCUCCGGGUCCACCUGGUGAACAGGGGCUCCCGGGCCUUGCUGGGAAAGAAGGGACAAAGGGUGACCCAGGUCCCGCUGGCCUCCCUGGGAAAGACGGCCCUCCAGGACUCCGCGGCUUCCCUGGCGAUCGAGGGCUUCCUGGCCCAGUGGGAGCACUUGGCCUGAAAGGCAGCGAAGGCCCCCCCGGCCCACCUGGCCCUGCGGGAUCUCCAGGGGAGAGAGGUCCAGCUGGUGCGGCAGGGCCCAUUGGCAUCCCUGGCAGACCUGGGCCCCAGGGGCCUCCCGGGCCGGCUGGGGAGAAAGGAGCUCCUGGAGAGAAAGGUCCACAAGGCCCGGCUGGCCGAGAUGGUCUCCAGGGCCCUGUGGGGCUCCCUGGUCCAGCUGGCCCUGUGGGGCCCCCUGGAGAAGAUGGAGAUAAGGGCGAGAUUGGGGAGCCAGGACAGAAGGGGAGCAAGGGGGACAAAGGCGAACAGGGUCCACCUGGGCCUACAGGUCCCCAAGGCCCCAUUGGACAGCCAGGCCCCGCCGGAGCUGACGGCGAGCCUGGUCCCCGAGGCCAGCAGGGCCUUUUUGGGCAGAAAGGUGACGAGGGUCCAAGAGGUUUUCAUGGACCCCCCGGGCCCGUGGGGCUGCAGGGCCUGCCAGGACCCCCAGGAGAGAAGGGUGAGACGGGCGACGUGGGUCAGAUGGGCCCUCCCGGUCCCCCCGGCCCCCGAGGGCCCUCCGGAGCUCCGGGUGCUGACGGGCCUCAGGGUCCCCCAGGUGGAAUAGGCAAUCCUGGUGCUGUGGGAGAGAAGGGUGAACCUGGCGAAGCUGGAGAGCCUGGCCUUCCUGGCGAAGGGGGCCCCCCGGGACCAAAAGGAGAGAGGGGAGAGAAGGGCGAGUCAGGCCCUUCUGGUGCUGCAGGACCCCCGGGACCCAAGGGCCCGCCUGGAGACGACGGCCCCAAGGGCAGCCCCGGUCCGGUCGGUUUCCCUGGAGAUCCUGGUCCCCCCGGAGAGCCCGGCCCCGCGGGUCAGGAUGGUCCCCCUGGUGACAAAGGUGACGACGGCGAGCCCGGACAAACGGGAUCCCCCGGCCCUACUGGUGAACCAGGUCCUUCUGGACCUCCAGGAAAAAGGGGUCCCCCCGGCCCCGCAGGCCCUGAAGGCAGACAGGGAGAGAAAGGGGCCAAGGGAGAAGCUGGCUUGGAAGGCCCUCCCGGGAAGACUGGCCCCAUUGGCCCUCAGGGAGCCCCUGGGAAGCCGGGGCCUGAUGGCCUGCGAGGGAUCCCCGGCCCGGUGGGCGAGCAAGGUCUCCCAGGAUCCCCAGGCCCUGACGGGCCCCCCGGCCCCUUGGGGCCCCCAGGACUCCCUGGCCUCAAAGGAGAUUCUGGCCCUAAAGGGGAAAAGGGUCAUCCAGGCUUGAUCGGGCUCAUUGGACCUCCGGGAGAACAGGGAGAAAAGGGUGACCGUGGUCUCCCCGGCCCCCAGGGCUCCUCUGGCCCUAAGGGAGAACAGGGUAUUGCUGGGCCCUCCGGCCCCAUCGGCCCCCCAGGCCCUCCCGGCUUGCCGGGCCCUCCUGGUCCAAAAGGUGCUAAGGGUUCCUCGGGUCCAACUGGCCCGAAGGGUGAGGCAGGCCACCCAGGACCCCCCGGACCACCAGGCCCUCCAGGCGAGGUCAUCCAGCCCCUGCCCAUCCAGGCAUCCAGAACCCGGCGGAACAUUGACGCCAGCCAGCUGCUGGACGAUGGGGCGGGCGAGAACUACAUGGACUAUGCAGAUGGCAUGGAGGAGAUCUUCGGCUCGCUCAACUCCCUGAAGCUGGAGAUCGAGCAGAUGAAGCGGCCCCUGGGCACGCAGCAGAACCCUGCUCGCACCUGCAAGGACCUUCAGCUCUGCCACCCCGACUUCCCAGACGGUGAAUACUGGGUAGAUCCUAACCAAGGGUGCUCCAGGGACUCUUUCAAAGUUUACUGCAACUUCACAGCCGGAGGCUCGACAUGCGUCUUCCCCGACAAGAAGUCCGAGGGGGCCAGAAUCACUUCUUGGCCCAAAGAAAACCCGGGUUCCUGGUUCAGUGAAUUCAAGCGCGGUAAACUGCUCUCCUACGUGGACAUCGAGGGCAACCCCGUGGGCGUGGUCCAGAUGACCUUCCUGCGGCUGCUGAGCGCUUCCGCCCACCAGAACGUCACCUACACCUGCUACCAGUCGGUGGCCUGGCAGGACGCCACCACGGGCAGCUACGACAAGGCCAUGCGCUUCCUGGGCUCCAACGACGAGGAGAUGUCCUACGACAACAGCCCCUACAUCCGCGCCCUGGUGGACGGCUGCGCUACAAAGAAAGGCUAUCAGAAGACCGUUCUGGAGAUCGACACCCCCAAAGUGGAGCAGGUGCCCAUCGUGGACAUCAUGUUCAACGACUUCGGUGAAGCAUCCCAGAAAUUUGGAUUUGAAGUGGGGCCGGCUUGCUUCCUGGGCUAGGAGCCGCGACCCGGCCCCCAAGAGCAACCUCGUGACCUCAGCGCGCCGUCUGCGAGCGUCCUGGACAGUGAAGGCCCCUCGUCCCUCCCCGACCUCGUCUGCACCUCGGCACCGCACUGUGCUAGCCCCCCUACUCAGAGGGAGCGAAGGGAAAGCGUGUGCCCCACCCCGGAGCCGAAUCACAUGACCUAGAUGGCCGAGUGCCGCUUUCUCCAGCCCGUUCUGUCUACACCGCACUCCCAGGGCAGGGGACGGCCCACACUUACGGCCGCCCAGCUCCCAGGUCACACUCCUGGGUAGUUCACAGGGCUGGGGGCGGGCUGCGGAAUUUGGAGAUCGCUUUUUAAAAAAAUUCAACGAGGAGAUGUGUAUUUCCUUGACCUUCAAAAAAUGUUCCGAGGUAAGCCCCGUAAAGGUCACCCCCACCCCGCCGAGCCCCGGUUUCCAACUACACGAUCCAUUCACGAUGGGCCAGAUGUCAUUCUGCAUGUGCCUUUCCGAUGGAUUAAAGGUGCUUUUGUUUUUGUGAGUUUUAAGUAAAUAUUUGUAUUGUAUUGUCAUAAAUGUUCAGUGUCCCUGACUUUCAAUCACGCAUGUAAAGCCAACCUCAGUCCCAUAGAGAAAAUGGGAAGAAAGUGGGGGGCGUCCUGGGGUGCAGUCCCAUCACGAUCAGAAAUGGGAAGCCUCCAGCCCCUCCCUGGUCAAGAAUGUGCGACGAAUUGGAGACGUGCCCAGGGCAGCAAGAGUUCACACCGCUGUCUGAAAAACAGGUGGCAGAACCCCUUUCUAGACCAUUUUUUUGAUUAGCUCUGGAUUUUUCUUUUUUCUGAAUAGGGAGGAAAAAAAGAAUUGUGUACGUUGCCUUUUCUACAUGCACUCAGAUUAAAACGCAGACUUAAAUUAAUUUUAAUUGCUUCCUUUUUUCCGUUUUUCUUCCUACAGAGCUAUGAUGGGAGAAUGUCCAGGGCAGGGAAACCACAUUUUCUGUAGAGGAUAAUUAAAUGAAACUUGGUGCUUAUUUGUACACUUCUCUUGUGGUGCUAUCUGUUUUAAGAGCUCCUGACGGUGACACUGGGGGUGCCUGGCUGUGCCUCGUUCUCCCACCUUUCUUGAUCCUCGGUACUGCCUCCCUAGUCUGAGUUUUUGCCCAGGACAGUAACGUAAACGCAUGUCAUUUCCCUUCCCGGAUCACAGGGAGGCCACCCAAGCCCGUUGUGAAUAUCAGGGUGCGCUCCUGUGAUUGGAAAACAAACACACAAAAUGCAGAGACACUUUCCGCGUUGGCCGCAGUGUAACGGUAUGUGGCUGCCGAGUGUCUGUGGUGCUAAUUUCUGUGUUUGUCCAAGAACUGAGCUGAAGCUGCCAGCCGGGCUGCCUCCCGCGUGGCCUCGGCAGACAGCCGUGGGCCGCGAGCUCUGCGAGCGUCUCCAGGGCUGCAGCGGGGCUCCUCUCUCCUGAGCGCAGUUUGGAGUCCACCUGCAGACACGCGGGGCGCGGGGCUGACAGGGCUCCGUCUGGGUGCGGCUCCCUCUCCCUGAGGGGGGCAAGGGGCUGCCUUCCACGGGCGGAGGACCAAGGGGCGGGCGCAGAAAGGCGAUCCCUUUACUGUGAAAAGCUGCCCACUGCAAUGCCCUUUCCUUCCGCGAUGGGAGAAACCAGCUGGGCCCCCCAGGACCCCGUGCAGCCUCCUCAAGAGGAGCUGUGACCCCCCUACAGUUCUGGUGCUGCACUCCACCUACCUGCCUGUCAGAAACUGGGAGACCGCAGCAAAGCCAGCCAGGAGGACGACACCCCACUCACAAGGACACCCCGAAUUGCCAUGAAAAACGAGUCUUGCUCUCACCAAAGAAAUGUCGGGCUCCAAGAUUCUUUCAAUCUCCGUACCAGAGCCGUGACUUUCUCAUUCAUCUCUUCAACAAAAAGCCAUAUGUGAGGAUUGUCACGCGUGCCCUGAGGGUUCCAUCUAGGUCAUGUGAUUCUGUUGUGACUUCUCAUCCCUCCUGUCUCCUAUUCUGUCAUUUUCUGCCUCUGCUGGGCCCUUCAAAGCUGUUGUAAUUUGUACUGAAGUCAAGAUAUGUCUGUCCCGUUCUCCCCAGACCACAUACGGUAUAUUGCAAUAAAACUACUUCUCAUAUUUGCAGAAAUUUCUUUUGGCGUAAUUUUAUUUUUUUUCACCUGUAUCAUUGGACACGUGUUGAAGAAAAGAAAAAGAAAAUGGUAAACAGAAAACCUAUGGUAGAGAUUCUAGGACACGAGACCCUCUAAAACAGAAUGUCAAAAAUGACACCCUGUACAUUUCCUGAAGAUCCCACAGACAUGUUCGUAACUGUGAUGCCCAGGAAAGGGUGUUUUAAAAUAUUUUAAGCCUGUGUAACAGAUGAAUAAUUGUAAUCGUUUCUCAAUAAAUCAAGUUGACUGUUUCCAACAUAAA